AUGGCCACCUCCAGUGUCAACCCGCUCAUCUCGAGCCAGAAGUCCUCGGAGCUCCAGGCUAUUCUCCACCCUCUCGUCCUCCUCACCAUCUCUGACUAUAUCACGCGCCACACCCUUCGGUCGCAGCCGGGACCCAUCGUUGGCGCCCUCUUAGGCCAGCAGAAUGGCCGAGAGAUUACCAUCGAGCAUGCGUUUGACUGCCACACGAAACAAGCACCAGAGGUAGAAGGCGGCUAUCUGCUGGACCCUGAGCGAUUCGCGGCAAGAUUAGAACAGAUGAAGACGGUUCACAAGGACCGCAGCCUCGACCUCGUCGGCUGGUACACCCUCCUCGCCGCCGCCGGCCCGACGCCUACCAUCCUCCCGAUCCACCACCAGCUUCUCUCCGAGUUCAACGAGUCCGCCUUGCUCCUCGGCUUUCACCCAGAGGAAGUCUUUACCCAUUCUGUCGGUGGCAAGCUGCCCAUGUCCAUAUAUGAGUCAAACUACGAGGUGGACGACCCGCGCGCCGCCGAGGCCGAUGGCGAGGAUAAGAAGAUGGACGACGGCGAGUCCAAGCUCAAGCUCCGCUUCCGUGAGCUUCCCUACACGGUCGAGACGGGCGAGGCCGAGAUGAUCAGCAUGGACCAUGUCGCCCGCGGCGCCGGCAACGCCACCGCCGUCGAGGCACCCAAGGAGACCGCCAAGCCCAAGGUCCAGUUUGUCGAGUCGGGAGGCAAACGCCGCGUCGUCGUGGCGGACGAUUCAGAUGGCAGUAACCUCGCCGAGGCUCAGCUGUCGCCGGAGGAGGAGGAGAUGGUCGCCGCCUUGACGGCCAAGGCGAACGCCGUCAAGAUGCUGCAGGGCCGUAUCCGCCUCAUCACGACCUACCUCGAGCGCCUGCCGCCCGAAUACCUCCACGGUUUGGAGCAGUCCGCCGCCGCCGCCUCCGCCAGUGGCGCGCAGACGACGCCCUCGCACACGAUUCUUCGCCAGAUCCAGGCCCUAGUCAACCGGCUAGACCUCGUCGUCCCCUCCGACGUGGACGCUUUCGAGAAGGAGGUUCUCUGUGAGGAGAACGACGUGGCUAUUACCUCGCGUCUCAAUGACCUCAUGCAGAGCAUCAGUGGUAUGCGGGACCUGGGCAAGAAGUUCGGCAUUGCCGAGACCGCCCGAGGUCGGAAUCGCGGGGGAGCGCCGACUGAAUUCCCGGGAUACGGGCCUUCUAGCUUCAAUCUCCCCGGCGCAGGCGACAUCAUGAUGUAG